UCAUGGCAGAUGACCUGAAACGAUUCCUGUAUAAAAAAUUACCAAGUGUUGAAGGGCUCCAUGCUAUUGUUGUGUCAGAUAGAGAUGGGGUGCCAGUUAUUACAGUGGCCAAUGAUAAGGCUCCAGAGCAUGCUUUGAGACCUGGUUUCUUCUCUACUUUUGCCCUGGCAACAGACCAAGGAAGCAAACUUGGACUUUCAAAAAAUAAAAGUAUCAUCUGUUACUAUAACGCCUACCAGGUGGUUCAAUUCAAUCGUUUACCUUUGGUGGUGAGUUUCACGACCAGCAGCAAUGCCAAUACAGGAUUCAUUGUCAGCCUAGCAAAGGAACUUGCUCCAUUAUUUGACGAUCUGAGACAAGUUGUGGUAGCUUCUUAA